AUGCAGAUCCGGCACGUGAAGACCGUGCUCCCCCCGGGGGAGCGGGUGAACAAAUGCACCGCGAUCGCGUGGAGCCCGAACGCGAAGCGCAUGGCGUGCGUCACCGUGGACCGCGUCGUCCAGCUCUUCGACGACGCCGGGACCAAGCGCGACAAGUUCAGCACCAAGCCCUCCGAUCCCGCCGGCCCGAAAACGUUCCUCGUCCGCGGCCUCGCGUUCUCGCCCGACUCCACGAAGCUCGCGGUCGCGCAGAGCGACAAGAUCGUCUUCGUGUACAAGCUCGGGAGCGAGUGGGGGGAUAAGAAAUCCAUAUGCAACAAGUUCGCGACGUCCAACGCGGUGACGUCGCUGACGUGGCCGCGAGGGAGGCAUCACGAGCUCGUCUUCGGCACCGCGGACGGCAAGGUGAAGAUCGGCGCGUUGAAGACGAACAAGGCGGCGACGGCGUACGCGCACCCGGACAAGUCCUACGUCGUGUCCAUGUCGCACUCCCCGGAUGGCGGCAGCGUCUGCGUCGGGCACCUCGACGGAAGCGUAUACACGUUCGCGUUCUCCGACGGCGUGGCCGGGAAGCUGACGAACCACGGCUGCGCGCCGACGUCGCUCUCGUGGGGCGCGCGGGGGUUCAUCUGCGCCGGCGGCGCCGACGCGAAGAUUGCGUUUUACGAGACCCACGCGUCCGCUAACCUCGCGCGCGCGCCGCAGGUGUUCGACCUCGGGAACGCGCGCGACUCGAGCGCGGGGAAAGAGGUGGGCGCGCUCGCGUUUAACCCCACCGGGGACGUGGUCGUCGUCGGCACGUACAACAAAUUUUACGCCUUCGCGUUCGACGCCUCAGCGAUGACGAGAGGAUGGAAAGAGCGAGGGAGUAAACUCGUCGAGUGCCUGUACGCGGUCACCGCGCUCGGGUGGAAGCCGGACGGCAGCAGGAUCGGGUUGGGCGCGGUGUCCGGCGGCGUGGACCUCUUCGAUCUGUGCGUGAGAAAGUCGCGGCACGGAGACGCGUUUGAGUUCACGCACGUGAGCGCGUCUAACGUUCUCGUGAAGCGUCUGGACGGCGGCGCGACGAUCGUGUUCGCGUCGAAACACGGCCACGAGAUUGGGAAGAUAUCCGUGCACAGAGGGCGGUACCUCACCGCGCGGACGGACGAGACGCUUCUGUGCGGCGACGUCGAGACGGCGAAGGUGUCCGAAGUCGCGUGGACCUCCGGAGGGAGCCGCCGCGGCGGCGGCGAACGCGAGCGGUUCGACUUUGAGACCGAGCGCGCGUGCGUCGUGCACCACGACGGCGCGCUGUUCGUGAUCGAGUACGGCGUGGACGAAAUCUUAGGGACGUGCCGCGCGUCGCACCGCGCGUCGCACCUCUUGUCCGUCCGCGUGAACGAGGCCAAAACCAGAGAGGGCGGCGGCGGCGGCGUGAAAAAAAUCGCGCACCUCGUCGACGCGCAGACGAUCCGCGUCGCGGACCUGGGCGGCGAUGCCGCCGCGGACGACAUGCCGAUGGCAGGCGCCGCGCGUCGAGGAGGGUCGCGCGCGCGCCACGGCGACGCCGUCACGAUCUCGCACGACGCGAAGGUGGAUUGGCUCGAGCUUAACCAACGCGCGACGCACUUGUUGUUCCGGGAUAAAAAGCGCGCGCUGCACCUGUACGACAUCGGCGCGCGGCGGCGCCACACGCUUCUGAACUACUGCUCGUACACGCAGUGGGUGCCCGGGUCCGACGUCAUCGUCGCGCAGUGCCGACAAACCCUGUGCGUGUGGUAUUCCGUGGACUCCCCGGAUCGCGUGACGAACGUUCCGAUCAAAGGCGAAGUCGAGGGCAUCGAACGCGGGAAGGGCCACACGGAGGUUGUCGUCGAUGAGGGCGCCUCCACGACGUCCUACGCCCUGGACGAAUCCCUCAUCGAGUUCAACUCCCUCGUCGAGGACGGCGACUACGACGCCGCGGUCGAGGCGCUGGAAUCGCUCGCGUUGACCCCGGAGACGGAGGCGAUGUGGACGGAGCUCCGAGCCGCGGCGACGGCGGAUAAUAUGUUGCUCGUCGCGCGUCGAUGCGCCGCGGCGUUGGGGGACGUCUCCGCCGCGGAAUUUUUAGGUGGCGUGCUCAAAGACGCCGCCGCCGUCGCCGUGGACGUCGCGAACGACGCCACCGGGUUGGAGCACUUCCGCGUGAAGGCGUCCCUCGCGAUGAUGCAACGGCGGUGGAAGGUCGCCGAGGCGUUGCUCGUCGAGAACGGCCGCGUCGACGACGCGAUUUCGAUGUACCGCGAGAUGCAUCGCCUCGACGACGCCGUGCUUGUCGCGGAGAGCUCCGGGAGGGGCGGCGGCGGCGGCGGCGGCGCGGGCGCGGGGGGCGGCGCGAGUCCCGAGGACGUGCGCGAAGAACGCGCGCGAUGGCUGGAGGAGACUGGGCAGGAGGCGGAGGCGGCGGCGGUGAAGGAGCGCGAUGGCGACGACCUCGGCGCGAUCCGUUUGUACCUCCGCGGAGGUCUCCCCGGCCGCGCCGCGGGGGUCGUCAUCGCGCGGGUCGAUGCUAAAAACGGCCACGGUCGAAACGUUACCGACAACGUCUUCGAUGAGGGGACGAUACGGGACGUCUUCGCCGGGCUCGCGCGCGGGGAGCUGCACGAACGCGCGGGCGAGUUAUCCGAAGCGUUGGGGAGGACGAAGGACGCGUUGGCGUCGUACGUCGCCGCCAACGCGUUUCGCCGCGCCGUGGACCUGUGCGCGAGACCGGGCUCGGGGUUGGACCACGAGGUGCCGUUCCUGGAGGAGAAGUGGGGCGAUCACCUGUUCGAGAGCAAGCAGUUCGAGCAAGGGAUAAACCACUUCCUCAACGCGGGGCAGGCGCACAAGGCCAUCGAGUGCGCGAUCGAGGCGAGGCACUGGAAGAAAGCCGCCGAGAUGCUCGAGAAGGCGACGAAGCGCGGCGGCGGCGACGCGUCUCGACACGAGCAUCAGUACCUUCGCCUCGCGCGGCACCACGAGAGCGUCGACGACGUCGACGACGCGGAGCGGUGCUUCCUGCGCGCGUCCGCCCCGGGCGAGUGCGUGGAGAUGUACGCGCGCCUGGACCGGUGGGACCGAGCGCACAAGAUCGCCGUCGGGUACAUGACCGACGCGGACGCCAAGGCGUUGUACGUGAAGCGAGGGCGAGAGCUCGAGAGCAACGGUCGGUACGCGGAAGCGGAGAAGGCCUACGUCGCGGUGAACGAGCACGACACGGCGAUCGCGAUGUACGAGAAGCACGGCCAGCACGCGCACGUGCUUCGACUCGUGAGUCAACACCGGCCGGAGACGCUCCGAGAGACGCGCGCGCACCUCGCGACGACGAUGGAGAACGACGGGAACUAUCGCGACGCGGAGCGGCAGUACGUCGAAGCCGGGGACUGGAAAGCCGCGGUGGCGAUGUACAAGACGAGAGAGAAGUGGGAGGACGCGAUGCGGGUCGCCAAGGCGCACGGCGGCGAGGACGCGUCCGUCGCGGUGUCCUACGCGUGGACGUCCGCGAUGCCCGCGGAGGAGGCGGUGAAGACGUUGCGUAAACACGGCGUCGCGGAGGCGGCGGUGACGCACGCGUGCGACGCGGCGUACGAUUUCGAUCGCGCGCACGAGCUCGCGCGCGCGCUGUCGAGCCGCGCGCUCGUCUCCGAGGUGCACAUGAAACACGCGAUGCAUCACGAGGACGAGGGGCGGUUCGUCGAGGCGGAGAUCGCGUUCGUGAAGGCGGAUAAACCAAAGGAGGCGAUCGAGAUGUGGAUUCACGCGAAGGAUUGGAAAGCCGCGAUGAAGGUGGCGGAGGAGCACGACCCCGCGAGCGCGCUGGACGUGCAGCUCGCGCACGCCAAGGCGUGCGUCGAAGAGAACGACUUCCACCGAGCGGAGGGGUUGUACGUGAAAGCGCGGCGGCCCGAGCGCGCGAUGAAGAUGUACGCGCGGCGGGAUUUAUGGGAAGACGCGCUGCGCGUGUCGGCAGAUUACCUCCCGAAUCUCGUCUCGGAGCUCCAAGCGGAGAUGCGACGGGUCAAAGCCGGCGGCGCGCGCGCGCUGAGCGCUAUGACGGAGGACGACGACGACGACGCCCGCGACGCCGCCGCGGGGAUCGAUUCCAGGCUCGAACGCGAGGGCAACUACGCCGCCGCCGUCGACGCGUUCCUCGAGAUGACGCUCAAGGUGACGAAGGACACGAACGCGCUCGCGGACGCGUGGUCGACUGCGGUUGCCAUCGCGUCGGAUCACGUCCCCGGGAAGCACCGCGCCGUCGUCGUGGAGGUCGCGAAGCGCCUCCGGGACGUCGGGCGGAGCCGAGAGGCGAGGGAUCUGUGUGCCUCUUCGGGGGUGGAUCCGAAUGCGCCGCCGCCGUCCGAUUCCGUCGCGCGGCGGUCUUCCUCAUCCGCGUCCAAAAACGCAGCCGACGUGGACUUGCGAGAGAUGGGCUUAUCCUCGCCCCCCGGCGGCGGCGGCGCGGGCGCGAGGACGAUCGCGGCGACGACCUCGACGCUGUCUCCCGGAGGGAAAGCCUCCGUCGCCGCCGCCGAGGACGCGGCUCGACGCGGCGACUGGGACGCCGCGCACGCCGCCGCCGCCGCCGUCUCGCCGGACGUCGCGGCGACGUUCAGCGUCAAGCACGCGACGAUCGAGCUGCGCGGCGGCUCGCCGGCGGCCGCCGCGGAGGUUCUCGCGACGCACGGGGUGUUACACGACAAGGGAUGUUACGCCCUGUACGAAGAGAUCGCCGCGGGCGUCCUCGCCGGCGCGCGAGACGGCGACGCCGACGACGGAACGCCGCGCCUGAAGGCGUUUUUACUGACGCUCGUCACCGGGAUGGAGGCAAGUUUUUUUCACUGGUCCCCAUACGACCGCGUUCGCGUGGUGAACGCCUACCUCGACGCGUCGCACCUCGCGUGCGUUCGCGCGGACGCGAAGAGCGUUGGGUUACGCGCGAUAUCCGCCAAGGCGGCGACGGCGGCGCUGCGUCACGUGUGCGAGAUUCCCGCGGAUCGCGCGUUUUUUCAAGCCGGCGUCGCGUGCCGCGACGCCGGCGACGCCAACCACGCGUUUGUCUUUCUCAACCGGUACCUGGACAUCACCGAGGCCAUGGACGAGGGCGACGUCGACUCCAGGGGGCUGGACGAUGUCGACUUCGAGACCGCGGCGUCGGACCUCCCGUCGCGGUUCCCGCUCCCGCGCGAGCACUUCGUGAAGAACGAGGCGACGCGCGAGGAGAUUCGCGACUGGGUCCUCGCGCACUCCAUGGACGCCGCCCGCGUCUGCGACGGAUGCGGGCGCGACACGUACGUCGCCGCGCUGACGUGUCACCGAUGCGCGUCCACCGCGGACGCGUGCGUCGUGACCGGGUACCCGGUGCCCGCGGGGGAGCGCGUGACGGCGGGCGCGGGGCGGCCGGCGCGGCGGGAGGAUUGGAACGCGUGGACGGGAAAGUUCGGGACGGAUCCGUGGACGGGGAAGGAGGGCGCGACGCCGAAGCACUGA